AUGAUAAAUGGAAGAGGAAUUAAGGUAACUAGUAAGCAACUAACUCAGUUUUUUCAGUUUGUACAGGAACAAUGCCCAUGGUUUCCAGAACAGGGAACAGUUAAUAUAGAAACCUGGCAAAAGGUGGGACAAACUUUGCAAAUAUAUUACAGUCAUUUUGGACCUGAGAAGGUUCCAGUAGAUACUUUUACUUUAUGGAACCUUAUUAGAGAGAGCAUUGCUCCUUUGCCUGAAGGUCAAAAGAAUCCAUAUAAAAAUCCUGUAGAAGUAAUGGAUGAAUGUACUCCGUUACUUUCUCCAAAAACAUCAAAAGAACCUGAGGUUAUGGCUGCAGCUUUAAAAGAUUGUAACCUCAAGGAUGAUGAUUCAGAGGAGGAAAUUGACUCACCUAUUGAUAAUAAGUCUAAUUUGUUAAAGAAUCCUCCUUUUGAUGAUGAAUUGCCUCCUGCAGAUCAGGAUGAUUUAGAUGCUGCUGCAUAUGAUUAUGAAAGAAGGAAAUAUGAACCCUAUGGUGCUUUUUCAAAGCAAGAAAUUAAGAAAAAUAGGCCUAAUUUACAGGAUAAGCGCCCUUUGGGUCGUUUACCGACCGCCCCACCGGCACUUUUAAGUUCUUCAUUUCUCCCUUUAAAGAUAUUAGGACAUUCAACUUUAAAUGUUAAGGGCCUACCACCUCCACCGCCUUUAAAGGCUAGGGGCCCACCACCUUCGCCACCUUUUAAUAAAAGCCAAGGCAAAUAUAAAAAGCAUAGGAGAAUAAACGGUGAAGAUGAUGAUUAUGCUUUUGCAGCCUGUUUUCCAGUCAUUUAUGAGGAUGGUUUUGAUGAUGAUGAUGAUGUAUAUUGGGAACCUUUGCCUCUAAAACUUUUAAAAGAACUUAAAAAGGCCUGUGUAGAUUAUGGACCGUUGGCGCCUUAUACUAUGACUCUUAUAGAUGCCUUGGCAAAUAGAUGGAUGACUCCAUAUGACUGGAUUCAGGGAGAAUAUGAUACAACCCAACAGCAGAUGCAUAUGGGAAAGGAGGCCUUAUGGCAAGUAACUACGUGUGCAGUGAAUGCCUGGAAGUCUUUGCCUUUGACUCCAGGAAAAGCCUCCACUUUGACAGAUUUAAGACAAAAGCCUGAGGAGCCAUAUGAGGAUUUUGUUUCUCGCUUGCUAACCGAGAUAAAAAGAGUGAUAACCGAUGAGGAUGCAGCUAACAUGUUGGCAAAACAACUAGCCUUUGAAAAUGCCAAUCCUGUUUGCCAGAACCUGAUUCGCCCUAUUAGAAAAACUGGAAGUAUUUCAGAUUUCAUUAAACAAUGUUCUGACGUUGGUCCCUCCUAUAUGCAAGGGAUUGCUUUGGCAGCUGCCCUAAAGGGAGAAACACUUCCUCAAUGUAUGAUGAAUAUGGUUCAAAAAACAAAAAACCCUAAGGGACCAAAAGGAAAUAAUUGUUUUGCUUGUGGAGGCGCAAAUCAUUUUAGUAGGGAAUGUCCUAAUAAAAAUAUACCUCCAGUAAGUUCUGUUACAAUGAUAUCUUCUGGUAAUGUUGGGGUUCCAAAGACUCCUUGCCAAAGAUGUGGGAAAGGAAAUCAUUGGACUAAAUUGUGUAGAAGUAAAUAUCACAAGGACGGACACAUUCUUCCCCCUAAUAAGGUUUCUGCAAUACCUCAGGCUGGCGCGCAGAUGCCAAUAUUUCCUGCACCUGUUUUUCCAGAUGCAUCUGCUGGAACUAAUUCGGGAAACUUACUUCGGGCCCGACCCCGGGCCCAACAAACAAUAGGGGCAAUUCACCAGACGCUCAAUCCCUUUCUUCCCUCAGGGGAAUCGAUGAAUUGUUCAGGGCCACCCCAGGCAGCGCAGGAUUAG